GCGAUAACGGUUAAAUUAUUAUCUUAUAAAGGAAUUAACUUCCGACUUCUCGCCAUUGACAGUUUUUUAAAGCUGUUUUAAAUGUUUUAAGCAUAGGCAGCAUCUUUGCCUCCUUUUAAAAGGGCGCCAGUGGAAGGUCUCCCAAAGGAUAAAACUACAAUAUUUAAUAUAUAGUAUAACUAUAAUACUAUAUUCAUCAUGAAGCGUCAAAAUGUUCGAACACUUUCCCUUGUGGUAUGCACAUUCACCUACCUCCUGAUUGGAGCCGCAGUCUUCGAUUCGCUGGAAUCCCCAACGGAGGCCAAAAGAUGGGAGUUCUUACAGGCCGUUAAGAACAACUUUGUAAAGAAGUACAAUGUCAGUGACGAGGACUUCCGGGUGAUGGAAAUUGUUAUUAUUGAAAACAAACCUCACAAGGCUGGACCUCAGUGGAAGUUUGCUGGAGCAUUUUAUUUCAGCACUGUGGUCCUGGCCAUGAUAGGAUAUGGCCAUUCCACGCCAGUUACCAUUCCGGGAAAAGCAUUUUGUAUGGGAUAUGCAAUGGUAGGCAUCCCUCUAGGACUGGUGAUGUUCCAAUCGAUCGGAGAACGUCUCAAUAAAUUUGCCUCAGUUAUCAUAAGGCGGGCAAAGAGGGCCAGUGGAGCCCGAUGCACGGACGCCACAGAGAUGAAUCUUAUGUUGGCCACCGGCAUGCUCUCCUCCAUAAUUAUAACCACAGGCGCAGCAGUGUUUUCCCGGUACGAGGGAUGGAGCUACUUCGAUAGCUUCUACUACUGCUUUGUCACCCUGACCACCAUUGGAUUCGGGGACUAUGUGGCCUUGCAAAACGAUCAGGCCCUAACUAAUAAACCUGGUUACGUGGCUUUGAGCUUGGUCUUCAUCCUCUUCGGCCUGGCCGUGGUGGCUGCCAGUAUUAAUCUUCUGGUGCUGCGUUUCAUGACGAUGCAAGCGGAGGAUGCCAAGAGAGAUGAGCAGGAUGCCCAGAACCUGGCCGGAAAUGCACAGCCGGUAACCUUCGAUGAUGAGUCCACCUACAACAUGCACGGCAAACUGCUGGAGCAUAACUACACAACCGAGAACGAUGAGACCGCUUCUCUCUGCUCAUGCACCUGCAUGGGCGGCACAAGGUGCCUUAACCAUGAGCAGUUCGUCGAUCCCGACUUCCAGCCCACGGACAUCAUUGAAAGCACUUUGUGCCUGAAGCGCGCCUCCGUCUGAUAUCCGUACAGCCAGCUGUGGGACUCCACCAUGUAGGAGCCAGAGCCAAAGGAUAGCCACACUAGAGAUACAAUCCUGUAGAGACCCGACCGCCGCCAACCCAAACACAUUGGUUGUUAGACGAACCUUCCCUACGUAGAUAUUUACACAGGGAUGGGUCGGUUAUUGUGGAAAGGAUUGCGAGGAGCGUUAGGGAGUUUGUGGGAAAUUCCUAAGGCCAUUCUUUUAUAUGGUUUAAAAAAUAUUGUGCAGUCUUUUUCAACCAUAAUAAUCGACCCAUCCCAUUACAUCAUAUGUAUUGCAUAAAAACAUUUACAAAGGAGGAAUCUCCGAAACACCCAUGUCAAUAUCAAUCGUAUCAUCUGGCUGCUAGUCGCAGGAUCUAUUGGUUCUAUGGCUCAGCCUCCACCCAUCCCAUCUCGAAUUUUAUCUGUAUACUGGUCGAACAAAAUAAUCUAUUAAAGUUUUUGCUCA